AUGUCCAAUAUCACCCCCAUCACCCAGUUUGUCCUCCUGGCAUUCACAGACACGCGGGAGCUGCAGCUCUUGCACUUCUGGCUCUUCCUGGGCAUCUACCUGGCUGCCCUCUUGGGCAACGGCCUCAUCAUCACCACCAUAGCCUGUGACCACUGCCUCCACACCCCCAUGUACUUCUUCCUCCUCAACCUCUCCCUCCUCGACCUGGGAUCCAUCUCCACCACUGUCCCCAAACACAUGGACAAUACCCUCUGGGACACCGAAGCUAUCUCUUACUCUGGAUGUGUUGCACAGGUCUUCUUUAUACUCUUCUUUUUUGGUGCAGAGUAUUAUCUUCUCACUGUCAUGGCCUAUGACCGCUACGUUGCCAUCUGCAAACCCCUGCACUAUGGGACAGUCCUGGGCAGCAGAGCUUGUGUCCACAUGGCAGCAGCUGCCUGGGGAAGUGGGCUUCUCAGCGCUGUCCUGCACACUGCCAAUAUAUUUUGCUUACCCCUCUGCCACGGCAAUGCCCUGCACCAGUUCUUCUGUGAAAUCCCCCAGAUCCUCAAGCUCUCCUGCUCAGACUUCUAUCUCAGGGAGCUUGGGCUUAUUGUAUUUAGUGUGGUUGUGGACUUUGUCUGUUUUAUUUUCAUUGUGGCAUCCUACGUGCAGAUCUUCAGGGCUGUCCUGAGGAUCCCCUCUGUGCAGGGACAGCACAAAGCCUUUUCCAUGUGCCUCCCUCACCUGGCCGUGGUCUCUCUGUUUAUCAGCACCGUUGGGUUUGCCCAUUUGAAGCCCCCCUCUAUCUCCUCCCCAUCCUUGGAUCUGGUGGUGGCAGUGCUGUACUCGGUGGUGCCUCCAGCACUGAACCCCCUCAUCUACAGCAUGAGGAACCAGGAGCUCAAGGAUGCCCUUCGGAAACGGAUGCAAUGGGUGCUAUUUCACUGGCAAUAA